AUGACUCUGGAUCUGUUGCUACAAACAACUAAGCAAUGCUCAUUGGAAUGGAAUGUGUCACUUGCACUCAUCUCCAAGUCGAUGUUCAAGUUCAUCUCUACAAAGAUGUUCACAGAGGUCAUCUUUGUUGAGCAAAGCACUUUUGUUGUGGACUACGUGGAAGCGUUUCAUCACAUCAUCAACUCACAUUGUGUGAUCAAGACACCAAGCAAACUCGUCAUUGAAGGUCAUGGCUUUGACAUGUUGUGUGACAUGCAUCGCAACGCCAACACGGCACACUCCCUCAAUCUCUCCAGACUCUUGAACUUACACCAGAUCGCAGUGGACCGGUCGAAGAAUUCGCCCAAAUUAAGCUCAAUGAGAGAACUACAAGCAAAGUGCCUUAUGCACCAGAGAGAGUGGGACAAGUUCGAAUUCAAACCACUAUGGUUGAAGCAGCGUCUCUACUAG